AUGACAACCUCCGAGAAGCUGAGAUAUCCUGUCCCUGUCCAUCGGAGUGAGGUAUUUCUGCCGUGCGAAGUUCGCCUCCAACUCGCCGAUCUGGGCAUUCGAGAAGGUGGUUCGAGUCUUUCGUCUCCUCCGAAGGACCAUCUUCAGUCGGUCCUCUGCCCCGUGCCCAUCAGACGCAACAGAUUGCCGCCUAAAACCAAUUAUGUCCUCGAGAUACCCCGCCUAGGCAACGACAGUGCCUGUCUCCAGUCGGACCAGCAGAAGAUAAUGGGAAAAGCUGUCUGGAUGAAUUGGCCUUGUCGUCCGGUGACUGGGAAACAUGACAGGCCGACCUGUUCAUCCGUCAUUUGUGUCCUCUGUCCCCUUGUCCCACUCUCCGGCGUGUCAAGAUAA